UCGUCGCAUCUAAGGGACUUCCGGGAUUCCCUGGCAGCGGCGGCGGCGGCGGCGGAGGCGGAGGCGGAGGCGGAGGCGGAAGCGGGGGCGGAGGUGGAGGCGGGCAGCGGGACGUGAAUAUAACGGAGUUGCAGCAGAAACUGAUCGCUGUUCCUUUCAGUGGAUCCCUGGUCCACGUGGCUUCCUCCCUGCACGCCCACAUGUCCAACGACCCCCCAUAUCCACAUGUUCCUUCCCCUCACGUCUGUGCCUCGUCGUCAAGUGUCCUCGCUGAGGUGUUUGCUGCGAAUGCGAGUCGCUCAGAUUUAGCUGCUUCCCCGUCCCAUGUCGCGUCGACUUGUUCGCCAGGAGAGGUGCACGGCACACUGUCUGGGGAGGUACAUGGCACACUGUCUGGAGCGAAUGUGGUUGGCAGCGCGGGCGACCGCGGGGCCUCGGGCAAAGUGACGUUUGUAAUAAUCAAAUCAGGAGCAGAUCUCAACAUCCGCUACCAAGUCACAGUCAGCCAGCUCAGCACGUCAGAGAAGCCCACGUCAGCAUCCCUCCACGUGGCAGCCGCCACAGCCAAUGGCCUAUCCAUCCUCAACCUCAACUCGUCCACGUGGAUCCCUGCUGGCACUGCUGACAAGGCGUGGGGCAACGUGGGAAAACUUUUUGGACGGGGGAAGGGGAAGGGAAAGGGGAAGGGGAAGGGUAAGGGGACGGGGACGGGCGCGGGGAAUGGAUUUGCGCUUCAGGGCGUGUUCAAGCAGGCGAGCAAGAAGAGGAUUCCGACCGGGGAGUCGCUGAAAUUACUGUUCUCGAUGAUCAUGCGG